UUUGCAUGUGCUAGUGCUUGAGUUUUUCAAGAAUAAAAGAAAACAAGAGCGAAGGACAAUGGCGGAAAGAAUGAAACCGGCGAAGGGGGAGCGCCAUCUCUUCAUUGCCUCAGAUGAUGCUGCAGUGAUGAAACAAAUCCUGGCCACCCAUUCACCCGAUGGACGGGAGAUCGACGUCAAACCUCUAGUGCAAAUCGUCGAGGACAUCCUCAAACAUACUACAAUCACCACUGUAGUACAUCCCCAAACAACUGUGGAGUUAUUGGAGGACAAGGCUCACACCGAAAGAAUGAUAGGAAUGCUUGAGGCCCUUGCAUAUACCAUCCACAGGAUUUCAUGCGAGAUAACUUGCAAGUGCUCAGGCGCUGGUGAUGCCCAUGCUACCACAUUGACCUUAUUCAAUUCACUAAGCAAUUAUUCAUGGGAUGCAAAGGUGGUAUUGGUUGUAGCUGCCUUUGCUACGAGCUAUGGAGAAUUUUGGCUCACUGCACAGCAGUCCACUGUAAAUCAUCUUGCGAAAUCGUUGUCGUUGCUUAAGCAAUUGCCAGACCUUUUUGAACACACUGAGGCAUUGAAGCCACGGUUCGAAGCUCUCAACGCAUUGGUUAAGGCGAUGCUCGAUGUGACAAAAUGCAUCAUAGAGUUUAAGGAAUUGCCUGUGGAGUACAUCAACGCUGAUACUCCGGCGAUGACUACGGCCAUGAAGCACAUUCCUACUGCAGCCUAUUGGACCAUUAGAAGUGCAGUAGCAUGCGCAACGCAGGUUAUUGGCCUUAUUGGGAUGGGUCAUGAUUAUGCAAUUUCGACUUCGGAGACUUGGGAAUUAUCAAGUUUGGCCCAUAAGGUGAACAACAUUCAUGGCCACUUAAGAAAGCAAUUGGAAUAUUGCAAUCAGCACAUAGAUGAAAGGCGAAAUGUAGAAGCUUAUCACUCCCUCCAACGCCUUUUUGAGAUGAUUCAUAUCGACAACCAGAAGAUUCUUCGUGCCUUGUUUUGCUCAAGGGAUGAAACACCCCUUAGGGAUGGCGCCUCACAACGAAAGGUUAGCGUCGAUGUAUUGAGAAGGAAGUUGGUGAUACUCUUUGUCUCCGACCUGGAGAUAGCCCAUGAGGAAUUGCUAGUUCUCAUGCAGAUUUACAAUGACACACACCACAGCAAGACGGAUAGAACUUAUGAGGUUGUUUGGGUACCUAUGGUGGAUAGAACAGCUCCAUGGAAUGAAGCAAAAGAGACCGCAUUCAAUCAUUUGGCAAACCAAAUGCCUUGGUUCUCAUUGCACCACCCUUCUUCACUCGAACCUGCGGUGUGGAGAUACAUUAAGGAAGUAUGGCAUUUUGAGAAGAAGCCAAUUCUAGUGGUCUUAGACCAUCAAGGAAAGAUUGUGUGCCCUAAUGCACUUCACAUGAUAUUGAUAUGGGGGGCAACAGCUUAUCCUUUCUCAUCUGUUAGAGAGGAGUCCCUUUGGAAGGAAGAGACAUGGAGAUUGGAGUUUUUGGUGGAUGAUAUUGAUCCCUUGAUACUGUCAUGGGUGAAGGAACCAAGAAUCAUUUGCUUGUAUGGAGGGGAAGACACAGAAUGGAUCCGGGCAUUCACCAGUUCAAUCAAAAAAGUCAUACAAGAAACUCGAGUCCCGAUUGAAAUGGUGUAUGUGGGCAAGAGCAACCCUCGAGAAAGGGUGAGGAGGAUCAUAAGUGCCAUAAUCCAAGAGAAGCUUAGUGGAUAUUGGUCAGACACCAUGAUUUGGUACUUUUGGGUACGCCUAGAGAGCAUGUGGCACUCUAAGAGACACUAUGGUAGGACCAUUGAUAACGAUCCCAUUGUCCAGGAAGUCAUGUCCAUGCUUAGCUUCGAUGGGAGCGACGAGGGUUGGGCUGUAAUGAGCCGAGGCUCCACAGAGAUAUUGAAGACCUUAGGAAAGAAAUUAAUGGAAUGUUUAUCUCACUUUGAUACAUGGAAGGCUAAUAUCACAAAUGUGGAUACAUUUAUACCAGCUCUCAGAGAGGCUCUUCAGCCAUACCAUAAGCCAGAGCACUGCACUCGCCUUAUUCUUCCCGGCACCACCGGUCCUAUACAAGAGAAAGUGGUUUGUGCAGAGUGUGGGAGACAAAUGGAGAAGUAUGUGCUCUAUCGUUGUUGCAUGGACUAGGGCACUCUUUCCAUGGGAUCAAGACUACUUAUUCAGGCUUUUGUUUCUAUGAUGGGUUGCUUGUGUGUGUGUGUUUGUUUUGUAGACAGGUGUUUGAUGGCUUUUGCUAGCGCUUGUUUUCCAUGUGAUGUGAGUGCUGAAAAUUUGUGUGAUGGUGUGCUUUGUUUUGUGGGGUGAAGAUAAUGUUGUCUUCUUGCUGUGCCUUUGAGGGCAACAAUAAAUUUCGUUGUAUUUCC